AUGGGCAACUCAAUGUCAUGGUUCUCCAACCUACUAUUCUCGAAAAAGGAGAUUAGAAUAUUGAUUCUUGGCCUGGACAACGCAGGCAAGACCACUUUGUUAUAUCGACUCAAGGUCGGCGAGGUCGUCACAACGAUACCUACGAUUGGGUUCAACGUCGAAUCUGUCACUUACAAGAAUCUCAACUUCAACGUCUGGGAUCUCGGUGGUCAAACAAGUAUCCGACCAUACUGGCGGUGUUACUAUGCCAACACGGCAGCUGUCAUCUUCGUCGUGGACUCUACCGAUAUCGAGCGAUUACAUACAGCUUCGGAAGAGCUGUCGGCUAUGCUGAACGAGGAGGAGCUUAAGGAUGCGGCGCUGUUGGUGUUUGCCAACAAGCAGGAUCAGCCUGGUGCCAAGGGUGCAGGCGAGAUCUCGGAAGCGCUGCGUCUGGGUGAGCUCCGCGAUCGCAACUGGAGCAUUAUGGCCUGUUCGGCGGUCGACGGUAGCGGCGUGAACGAGGGCAUGGACUGGCUUGUGCAAACUGUCAACCAGGACUAA